AUGUCAGCCCCCACCCUCGUACGACACAACACUGCCGCUGCCGCCUCGGCCAAGUGGGCACCGGGUAUCAAGGAAGACAAUUCGAAGGGUGCGAUGUUGAGGUUUGAGGAGAGUUUGCCGACAUUGCCCGUUCCGAAGUUGGCGGAGACUGCCGCGAAGUAUUUGAAGAGUUUGCAUCCCAUUUUGAGUGAGGAGGAGUUCAAGAAGUCCGAGGCCGCUAUCCGCGAAUUCGUCAAACCCGGCGGCGAAGGCGAGAAACUCCAAAAACGCUUGGUCCAACGCGCACAAGACCCCACCUGCCAAAACUGGCUCGCAGAAUGGUGGGAUUCGGGUGCGUACAUGGCAUACCGCGACCCAGUCGUCUUCUUCGUUUCCUACUUUUACGCGCACAAAGAUGACCGUUUGCGUCGUGACCCUGCCAAGCGUGCUGCGGCGCUCACGACGGGUGUGCUCGAGUUUAAGAAGCAGGUUGAUGAGAAGACGUUGGAGCCGGAAUAUAUGAAGGGGAGUCCGAUUGCGAUGAGUAGCUACAAGUGGGCGUUCAAUGCUUGUCGUAUCCCCGCCGAGGGCGAGGAUUAUUCGGAGAAGUAUGACUUCAAGGAGCACAAGCAUAUCGUCGUCGUGCGUAAGAACAAGUUCUUCAAAGUCCUGCACGAGGUCGAUGGGAAGCAACUCUCUGCCGCCGAGUUGGAAGCGCAAUUCAAGCUGAUCUACCAAAUGGCCGGAACCGAGCGUGCACCCGCAAUCGGCGCGUUGACCUCCGACUACCGCGACAACUGGGUCAAAUCCCGCUCCGCACUCCUCUCCGCAUCCCCCGACAACGCCUCCCUUAUCAAACAAAUCGAGGCUGCGUCGUUCGUUGUGUCGCUUGAUGACCAAACCCCCGUCACGCUCGAAGAACAGGCACGUCAGUACUGGCAUGGUGAUGGCGCGAAUAGGUGGUACGACAAACCGCUCCAUUUCGUGGUUUGUGAGAAUGGGAAGAGUGGGUUUUUGGGAGAGCACAGUAUGAUGGAUGGUACGCCGACUUGGAGGAUGAAUGAUUGGGUUUGUCGACAGAUUGCUGAGAACAAACUUGAUUACGGCAACCCCACCCCCCGCACUGGGUUGCCGAAGCCGGAAGAGUUGAAGUUCGCUAUCAACGAAGAGGUGAACGAGAAGAUCAAGAGCGCCGAAGCGACAUUCGAAAAGCUAAAGUCCGAGCACGAUUUGCGCGUCUUGAACUACCAAGGCUACGGCAAAAACCUCAUUAAGAAAUUCAAGUGCUCACCCGACGCUUUCGCACAAAUGGUCAUCCAACUCGGUUACUACAAAAUGUACGGCGUCAACAAACCCACGUACGAAUCCGCCGCGACUCGUGCAUACAAGUUGGGGAGGACAGAGACGAUUAGGACUGUCACGGAUGAUGUUGUUGCGUGGUGUCGCGCGAUGGAGGAUUCGAAUGCAUCUGUGGAGAGGAAGAUUGAGUUGUUCCGGAAGGCUGCGGCUACGCAUGUUAGGUUGACUGUGGAGGCGAGUGCGGGGCAGGGCGUUGAUCGCCAUCUCUAUGGUCUGAAGAAGGUUCUCAAGGAGGGUGAAGCUACGCCUGCUAUCUUCCAGGACCCGGCAUACUCCUACUCGAGCCACUGGUUCCUCUCCACCUCCCAACUCUCAUCCGAAUACUUUACCGGCUACGGCUGGGGCGAGGUCGUCUCCGAUGGCUACGGAAUCGCGUACAUGGUCAACGGCGACUCUUUGAACUUCAAUAUCGUGAGUAAGCAUUUGCAGAAUGAGAGGAUGUGGUAUCAUUUGAGGGAGGCGGCGGAUGAUUUGAAGGAGAUGUUGGGGGUUGAGUUGAGGGAGGGGGAGAAGGCUAGGGUUGUGAAGAGUGGGGAGGCGGAGGUGAAGAUGAAGGUGUAA